GUGUUUCAUAGUUACGCCGAUUGCCGCACAUUGACUAACGGGAAGCGAUUACGGAGCAGGUAGGAAUAGAACGACGGAGCCUGAUUUCAAACAUCAAGAAGAUUACUCAGAUCCCUGUUCUUCAUCAAUCUUUCAAUUCUCCUCUCCUCCUUACUUCUCCUCUUUACUUUGCUUUGUUAGCUUUUGGUUUUCCUCGCUUAAUCUAUGACGAUGAGAGGCUCGCGGUACCCUCGAGCGGUUUCCCGACGGAAAUCUUCGUCGUGUUCAUUGGUAUUGACGGUGUUCCUAUCCCUUUCUAUGGUCGUUCUUGUGCUUCUCUCCCUCGGCAUUUUGUCCCUUCCUAUCAAAUCCAAAGAUGCGCCCAAAGUGGAGCGUCGCUCCGAUCGAUCAGUUUACGAGACGACGGGGCUAGGAGAGCAGUGGGUGGAGGUGAUCUCUUGGGAACCUAGGGCUUUCAUCUACCAUAACUUUUUGUCUAAGGAGGAAUGCAAGUACUUAAUUGAAUUGGCAAAGCCUCAUAUGGAGAAGUCAUCUGUUGUUGACAGUGCUACUGGCCACAGCAAGGAUAGCAGGGUGCGCACAAGUUCAGGCACAUUUCUUAUAAGAGGAAGAGACAAGAUGAUUCGGUCUAUUGAGAAACGACUAUCAGAUUUCACUUUCUUACCUGUUGAGAAUGGAGAGGGCCUUCAGGUUCUCCAUUAUGAAGUUGGUCAGAAAUAUGAUUCUCACUAUGAUUACUUCCUUGAUGAGUUUAAUACUAAGAAUGGGGGUCAGCGCAUAGCUACUGUUCUAAUGUAUCUUUCUGAUGUUGAGGAAGGUGGUGAGACGGUAUUUCCAUCAGCCAAAGUAAAUAGCAGUUCUUUGCCAUGGUAUAAUGAAUUAUCAGAGUGUGGUAAAAGCGGUUUGUCUGUUAAACCAAAGAUGGGUGAUGCACUGCUUUUCUGGAGCAUGAAGCCUGAUGCAACGUUAGAUCCAUUUAGUUUGCAUGGUGGAUGUCCUGUGAUUAGUGGAAAUAAGUGGUCUUCCACAAAAUGGUUCCGUGUUGAUGAAUUCAAGGUGUAAUCUAAACAAGAAAGGUUUGAACUUUCAGGCAGGCCCAAUGAUUGAUUCCGGUAUAACUCUCACAAUAGAUACUGAUUCUUUGAUGUCCUCAAACCUUCAGUAUUACAUACCAUUAGUUAAUUUGUACUUCUGGACUUCAACAGGAUACACUGAUUCUUUAAUUGAUUGCCUUUAUUUUGAGAAAAAAAGUCUGUUGUAGGAAGUAUGAGGUAAAUUGUAUUCCAGGCAUUUCCUUCAACAUCUCUUUUUAUUAUCUCCGUGAGAAUGGUUAUUGUAUUCUUUUAUUGCCC